AGUGCGUGCUCUUCCUCUUAAUCCUCUGGGAAUGUAACUCACUGUGCCUAGUAGUGGAAGAACAAGAAGAUGUAACUGACGUUGACAUACUCCUCGAACCAAUCUAUUUUCACUGCUAUAACGCUCCGAGAACCAAGGGAAGUAUCCGGUUUUGUCGUUUGUCUGCCCGGCUGUACAAGCGCUGCCUCAGCCAACGCUGGAUACACGCCAUUUCGCGCGACAACGAAGUGCGGGGCCGGUUCCAGACGGAGGGGUUGCAUUUGCGGGAGGUCACAAUGCUAUCCAGUGACAACCUCACGAGCACAGGGUCGCACCAGGUUCCGGCUGCAGGUGCCCACAUGGGUUCGCCGGCGGUCACUGGGGAUCCCGAGGAAGGGAAGAAACGACUCAUGACUGCGGGAACAAUCGUUACAGUGAUGACGGCGAUUGUCAUAAUUAUCUUUAUCGUAUCCAAGAAAGCAUCGCCCAGAAGCAGUGGAGCAGUGGUUUACAAGUACUGCAGUAGCUUUGAAUGCGUGGAGUACGGAAGACUGUUGAAUGCUUCUCUGGAUGUCACGCAAGACCCCUGCAAUAAUUUCUAUCGAUUCGUCUGCAACGGCUGGGACCGGACGCACGAGAAGUCUGUGUCCCAUCAACACCACCUAGACCACAUGUCAGCGAUUGCUACGAAAGCACAAUACAGGAGAGUGCCUCAGACCGGACAAUCUGCUGUUCAGAAGGCAGCCAAGUUUUAUCAAAGUUGCAUCGAGCUUGCGCAAAAAAACCGGUCUGAAUUGCUAGAGUUCAUGGAGAUGCUUCGGAACGGGAAUAUCACGUGGCCCAGCAGACCAAGAGGGGGUGAUUUACUUCGAGUAAUGUCUUAUGCUUGCGUCCACUGGAAUGCUAGUCCGUUAUUACAGUUUGAAAUAGGUAGCAUGCCAAAUGGAACAACAGUUGUGAACAUCAUUCCAGGAUCAUUCGUUCCAGUUUGGGAGGGUAUACGGCAAGAUCUCGUCCGCAUGAAUCGCUAUUAUGAAUACUUUAGAAUGUCUUACCAGCUGAUGGGAAUGCCGAAGCCAACUGUAGAAGUCUACAACAAGUUUAAAGCGACCGAAGAUAUACUACUGGAAAUACUUUCAACAGGUUUGAAUGAUAGCACAAGCAAAGUAUUCAGCGAACAUGACUUCCAAGGUGUGAGCAGUGCAUUUAAGCAGAACCGAUGGCGGAUGCUCUUUGAAGAAGUUGUAGGUAUUCCAAAAGAUAAGGAUAUCGCAAUCUCAUUGGCAUCAUUGGGAUAUUUUGUUGCAUACAAUGAAGAAACAAGAAAACUAACAGAAGACACGAUGAUUGAGUUCCUCUCGUGGGGCGUGAUCUUCGAACUCGGUCCAUUGUUUCUCCCAGAAAUGGCCGUCUUGACAUACAAGUCAAAGGCGCAGAACUCGGAUGCAGCCAUGUACUGUUGUCUAGUUCACGUUGAAAAGUACAUGGGAUACGCUCUCACAAUGCCAUAUUUCACAGAAGCCAUUCCUGUGGACACCCAGCAGCGUAUCAAUAGAAUGUAUAAAACCGUCUCCACCGUUAUUGAGAAAAGAAUCGGGAAAUUAGAAUUCAACUAUCAAACGUACCUAGAGAGCAAAAGAGCUGGCGGAAUAUUUGGCGGGUUUAACCGCGCAAUAUCAAAUUCAGCUCUGAACGAACGCUAUGCAACGUUUCCGGACAUGGAGAACCUCUUCACCAAGAACCUUCUCAAAGCUGUCGCCGCAAAGAGACAGCACCCCGCCGCUGAACCUCUCUACCUGCUUCGCUCGAAGGACUACGGCCUGUAUGAACCUAAAGAAGCAGUUAUACACGUUUCUCCUUUUGCUAUGGAGAUCCCUUUCUAUGGUACAACGCUUUCCAAGGCAAUACGCUUUGGUGCAAUCGGAUCUUUUCUACUAACUGCGCUCGUUACUGACAUAUUCACGAAUGUAGUCUUACAAAUGACGACCGAAAAUCAGAAGAACCUCACAAGUGUCACAGCAUGUCUGCGAAACGCCAUCAGCGAAGGCUCUCCCAAUGACACGACGGUAUAUGAUGCUAUUUCUGUCCAGCUCGUAAAGGAGGCUUACGAUUCUAGUAAAAAACAGGAACGAGAUGGAAGACUAACAGGCGUGCCCAAGUACAAUGAGAUACAGCUAAUGCUUAUCGUCACCUGCUAUCUCCGGUGUAGCGGGUCAAGCAGUAUGCAUGAAGACAGCUGCAACGUACCAAUGCAGAACUUGGAGCUCUUCACUGCAGCUUUUAGCUGUUCAGCAGGAAGCCCCAUGAGCCCGGAGCACAAAUGUUUAUUUUUUAACCCACAUCUACAAAGUAAUACGUCGAAUUGAUACUGGUAGGUGGUACAGCAUAAAGUGGAACACGAGUUCGCAUGAUUAUGCCUGGCCGUCCUGAUGGUAUUUUCCUGUUUUUUGGUUGCAUGCGUUGGAGACUGCGAUGCCCAUAUAAUAUGAUCAAUACAAGAUUCUUAUGA